AUGUUUAACUUCCUCUUCGUCUGGGUGGGCGUCUCCCUUCUAGCCCUCGGCAUCUACCUUCACGUCAAGGACCCCAGGCCCAUCAUCGAAUGGAUCGACUUCGUGCUCAACCCGGCCUUAUUUCUGGCUGUUUUAGGCUUCCUCGUCACGUUCAUCUCACUGGUCGGUGCUCUCGGAGCACUUCGCGACAACAUCUCAUUGCUCAAAAUUUUUGCCAUAUGCGUUUUCUUCUGCUACAUCUGUAUCGUGGUGCUGACUUUUGGCGUUUUCGUCCUCUUCUUUACCGAUUCGACCGAAGGCCUCUCUGCGCAUUCGAUUAUGAUGCAAUCCGUCAAGAAAUACCAUUCCAACCGUAACCUUGCCGAUUUUGUGGACUAUAUUCAGGAACAGAUGGAGUGUUGCGGAGUCUCUUCCAUAUCAGCCGGUUAUCGAGACUGGGCGAUGUCCCCUCAAUUCAACUGCACACCAACGAAUCCGUACCCCGAGAACUGCAAGCUGGUUCCACCAACCCUCUACAACCGGCCAUGCGAUCGCUCGAGUGCUGGAGGAAUGCACUUUCAAAGCGACCGCCAGACCUCGAAGCCGAUAUCCACACGCGAGGCUGUUUACAGCCCUUACGAACACUUUUCGAAACGCAUGCCGUUCAUAUUGGAGCGGUGGUGGCUG